CCUCACACUUUUAUUGUUGGACGAAGCUGAUUUACUCAUACAUGUAAAAAUUUUUCAUUUUACUUCAAAAAACAUUUUUAGGAUGUUGAUUUUGUUCGUUGUUUUAUUGAAAUUCAAUCACUUUCUUGUUUUUAUCGGACUUUGAUGUUUAGUCGAACAUUGGAUAAUCAGACAAGCCCUCUUUUAUCUGAUAUUUUAAAAGUUGGGUACAAGACGUUAUUAAUUGGUGAACGAGCAUUUGAAAUGAGUCAUAGCAGUUUAAAUUAUUCAGAACAAAGCGAAGGCCGUCUUAUUGAUUUUGAUGAAGAAUCCUCUGUUUCUGAAAACGAAUUGAAUCAAACUGGACAUUCAAAUGAAUUAAUUGAACAACAACAGGGAGAUAAUGAGACUAUUGAUGUUUUUGUAAAUUUGUCGACAUUAAAUAAUGAAGAGGUAUUUUUUAAUUUGAGGUUUCAAAAUAUAUCUCAUGCCAGUUCAAUUCUUUCCCCUUUAGCAUAUUUUUAUUCCCAAUUCUCCGUCUGUUAUCCCUUCACUCCAGGCCCGUAG